AUGUCUCGCGCCCUCUCCUCUCUCACUCGCCUCACACCGCUCCUGCGCACCACCGCACCACUCGCCCACUUUUCACGCUUCAGCACUACAGCACGCAACAUGGGUGUCCGCAAGACCGUUCUCGUCGAGGGCAGCGGCCCGUCGCCGCAGCAGGGUGACACCGUCACGAUGCUGUACACGGGCUGGCUCAAGGAGGACGGCAAGAAGGACGGCAAGGGCAAGCAGUUUGACACGACUGAGAAGCCUGGCCGCGGACCGUUCAAGACGCCCAUUGGCGUCGGGCGCGUCAUCAAGGGCUGGGACGAGGGCGUCGUCCAGAUGAAGCUCGGCGAGAAGGCGAGGCUGGAUAUCAGCUCCGACUUUGCGUACGGCAGCCAGGACGUCGGCGGCGGUCUGAUCCCGGCCAACUCGGAGCUCAUCUUCGAGGUCGAGCUGAAGAAGAUCAACUAA